UGGCAACUUUCUUCAUAAUAUAAACAAUGAGAUUCACCUUGGAUUCGGUUGUAAAAUAAACUUAUCUUAAUAAAGAGUUGCACUUUAUUACCUACAAUUUGACUAUAAAUUCGAAAGAUGUUUGAUAAAUUGUCCUGUAUAUUAUGCUUGGAAAAAGGUAGUCCUUUCAGUGACCAAAUAAAUAUAGAUUCUGAAGAGCUGCAGUCUGUGAAUGUCCGUGAAAUUAUCGAAAAACAUUUCAAGGAAGAGCUGAGCAUGUUGGCAUACAUUUCAACGAAAGUUGUAUGUAAUCAAUGUUGGGAAUUGGUUCAAUCUUUUCAUGAAUUCUAUGUGCGUGUGCAGAACGCACACUUGGCAGCAAGAAACACUCUGAAAUCAUUACAAGAGCUAGAGAUAGCCAUUACAGAAAUAAAAACGGAGACUGGUGCAAUAGACCAGUUAGCAUCACCUCCAACCCGUAAACGUGGCCGCCUUCGUCGUCAAAAGACGACUGAGGAUUCUUAUGAUCGUCAACCAAUUGCCUUAAAAGAAUGCAGUGUCAGAGUUGAACAACUGACAUUCCCAUAUUGCAAUAGUAGUAAAGACAGCCAGCAAGACAAAAAUAUAAAAAAUGGAUAUAUUAAGAUAGAAACAAUCCUAGAGGAGAAGACAGACUUAAAUAACCUACUCAAAUCAUCUUAUGUCGACAGUGGUUUAAAGAACCCAAUACCACCCCAAUAUGAAAAUGUUUUGGAGCAAUCUCUACCGCUAAAAAAGGUGUGUACUAAGAAAAAGGUAAAAAGAAAACUAACCAACCAAAAGAUAGAGCCAAAACAAGCAAAAAACGCACCACAUAGAACAUCUGAUGACCAGGAUGAAUUCAUUGCUCAACAUUUUAAAUUAGCCUGCUUUCUUUGUCAAAAAUCUCUAAUAGAUUUUAGAGAACUAAAAAUUCAUUAUCGCAAACAACACCAAACCAAAGGAUAUGUAAAGUGUUGUGGAAAGAAAUUACUCUACCGAGGUGUACUCGUUGAUCAUAUUCAUGUUCAUAACAACCCAGAGUACUUCAAAUGCGAACAUUGUGGCAAACUGAUGUCCGACCGUAGAGGGCUCGAAACGCAUAUUCAAUUUUUCCAUGGAUCCAGAGAACGUAUUUAUCAUUGUAAUAUUUGUUCUAAAAGAUUCUUUCGUCGUGAAGUUCUUGCUCGACAUUAUCUUAUACAUGCUCCUGAUGAAGAAAAGAUCGUUAAGUGUACGCAAUGUGAGAAAACGUUCUGUAAUGAAUACAAUAUGAAACAACAUUUAAAGCUGGUCCAUCUACAUUCGUAUGCAAAAAUAUGUGACAUUUGUGGAAAAUCCUUCCAUAGUGGUGGAGCAUUUCGCCGACACCAAGAAGAACAUUCCGGUUUACCGAAGUCACUGAUUAAAUGCGAAUUAUGUGACUCGGAACUUACGACAAAGUAUGUCUUGGCUCGUCACAUGAAAGUAAUGCACACCGAGAAGUAUCAAAAACCCCAGGUUUGCCCCAUUUGCUCUAAAGUAUCUCCAACUCUUCGGGCCCACCAUACCCAUUUUAAAUAUAUGCACGCCACAGAAAAAAAACAUGUCUGCAAACUUUGUGACAAAGCCUUUAAAAGGCCCAGCCACUUGCGAGAGCACAUGACGACACAUACUGGUGAAGUUUUGUAUACAUGUACAUUUUGUCCCCAAACGUUUAACUCUAACGCAAAUAUGUACGCUCAUCGUAAGCGGAAACACCCAACGGAAUGGGCAGAAAAAUGUACAAAAAAAAGAGGUUCUACUGGAACUGGACAACUAAUCCAAAAAGAUUUGGAAUCUGUAAUAGAAUCGGCGGAUGCAGAAGAAUCAAAAUAAACAGAAGUUAGUUUUAUAAUUCAAUAUCUACCUUCGUAAAUACAGAAAGCUUUUAAAUUUA